UUGUUAAAAGGGUGCUCCUUGGAAUAAUCAAGAAAUAGAUAAAGAAAAUCAACGAAGAAGCCGUCGAUCGCGUCUGCUGACCGUCACGCCGAUGUCGCAACCCCCCGCAGCGCUGCAUCUCCGCCACGGCACCACCGCCUCCCUCCUCCGUCGCUCGUUCGCCUCCCUUCUCUUUUCGCCUUCCCUCCUCCUCGCCUCCUUCCUCCUCCUCUUCUUCCGUUCUGCUCUGCUCGCCGGCACGCUCCGGCUCUCUUCUCUCCCGGACCGCGACCCCGCCAUACGCUCCCUCCUACACCGCCUCUCCUUCUCUCCCUCUUCCUCCGCUUCCUCAACCCAUCCAGCUCCGCCUCCUCCCUCUUCUCCACCUCCCCACACUGCCCGCCGCCGACCCCCUUUCCUCCACCUCACCCGCCUCGGGACCCUCGAUGAUGACGGUCCCUUCUCAGACCCUUCCUCCUCCUCUCGCCUCGGGUCCCUCGGCCUCAACGCUUCGUUCCCUGCCCUAUUUCUCCUCGGCGAUGGCACCGUCGGGCAGCGGAGUUCGACCAAUCCCUCCCUCAAAUUUAGGGUCCCCGAGUUUGUUCCCUCGUCCCCCUUCGUAUUUUCCUUCCCCGACAUGGAUGAUCUCGUUGGCCUUGAUGUAGAUCGAGAUCGGUUCCCCGAUCUCCGGAUCCUUGGCCGCGGGUUCGAUCUUGAUCCUCGAGAUGCCACGGCGAUCGUUUACCUGCUGACUCUCCUUUCCGCCACCCACGCUCUCGCCAUCAUUGGAUUUCUCCUCACUUACACCUCCGCUCUCGGCAUCGUUUUCUUCACCAUCGUGACCUCCCAGCUAGGCAAGCCUGUCUCCGUCAUCAAUACCAUCUGCUCGGGAGCGCAGUUAGGGAUGCGGCGGCUCACGGGAUUCGUGUUCUUGAGGUGGGCUGCGAGGGAUGCUCUGAUCCAGUUCCUGUGCAUUUGGUUCUUUGCAGAUGUGCGAGACCAGAAUGUACUCUUCAAGCUAUUUGUCAAAGUCAAGCUCAUGCCUUUUUCACUCUCUCCAGUGAAUCCAUGGCCCGGUCCUUACGAUGAGGCGCUAUCUGGUUUCUUCUUCGUCUGGGCUCUGGUUGACACAGCAGUGUCCCUUGUGUUUGCUGUCGUCCCUUCGGUGGUUAUCAUGGACCAUGAUUUUCGGCGGCGAGGGAAGGAUGUAUUGAAAGAGGGUUUCUUUUUGACAUCACUGAUGCCAAGACAGGCCAUUUGGAUCAAAUUAUUGGAAACUCUAGUUUGUGCUUGUAUGGGGAGAUGGAUGGCGACAGUGUUUGGCUGGAAGCUGUUUGUAACUGCUUUUCUCUCAAUAGCGGAAAUUUACUUCAUGGUAGUUUGGAUGGUCUUCUAUUUUUCAGCAAGGUGCAAAGAUGGAGAAUUGAUAGGUCGGCCAUUUGGGGCAAGAGAUUUGGAGGAUUUUCUAAAUGGCCUCAGGUGAUUGGAGCUGAUGAGCUAACUGAAUGAUUUUGUUCAGUAGCUUUCUGUGCUGUGAUGCAAAUUGAGCUGCUGCUUAUGAUCCAGAGCAAUGGCACUAAACCUACACAUGGUUUGUUGUUUGCACUUGCUGCACUAGUGUGAGGAUUUCAUCAAUGAAAUAGUUUAGCUAGACUAGUUGGAGAGUUGUUUACUUGUUUGUACAUAGAGACACUUUUUUCUGGGUAAACAGUUUAGCCAUCCUGUGAGUUCAUGUCAGUUCACUAGAGGAACAUAUAUAUAAUUUGUGGAAGGAUAUAUUGUUUGAGGCAGGCAUCCUAAAUAUACCAGAUACAUAAAAAAGAGAUUUUUAUACUGAAUAUCAUGCCAAAA